CGUGAGUAAUCGGAGUCUGUACGAACGAUAAUAGUAUUCCUCGCGAGUAUAUUGCUCUUCAACAUUUUCUGUCUGGGUCAUUCUGUCUGAGACUUGAGUUAGUUGCAACAGCAGACUACCAAACCUUGUUAGGUUUUUGGAAAUAUACUUCGUCUAUUUGCAUCUGUUGUUGGAUAUUUUUACAAUUUUCCGAUUUUCUUUUCAAGACCCAAUCGGAAUUAUACUUGGAUUUAUAAACUAGCAAAUUUUGCUGCAGAUAUUGUUCACCUUCUCAGUCAACACGGAAUCGCCUUCAAAUUCAAAAUGGCCCUGGCAGUGGACUCCGAGUUUGAUCCAUUCAAGCAAUGUUUCAUUAGUGAGGACGUCGAGUUUUAUGGAUCGGCCGCAUCACCGAAUUCGACGACGCCGAGCGAAGAUAUCUGGAAGAAAUUCGACGACAUGGAGAUGGAUUUUUUCCCCACACCACCCCUGAGCCCGUCCCACCCGAGCAGCGACGGGGAAGACAGCGGCGGGGGCGGGGGGAUCAGUGCCCCCAGCCUGUUCGCGGACUCUGAUAAACUUCAACGCGUGCUCAACGAGAUUCUCGACGACGAGCCGGUGUGGAUGACCCAAAGUCUAACAUUUGUUGGCCCCGACCACAAGCCCGCGGUUGUCCCCAACACGACCCACAGGAACGCUAGCCCUGCCAGAAUUAACAUUGGUUCCCACAAAUCUAAUUUCCUCAUCCAAGACUGUAUGUGGAGUGCUAUUCAGGCAGAGGAGAGGCGGCGGCAGAUGCAGGCAGAGAAGGCGGCCAAGAACGGGAGACUUACGGGGCACCUAGCCGCUGGAGUUCCUGGUGACUUUUCUUCUGGUGAAUGUGUUGACCCCACCUCAGUGUUUCCCUACCCCCUCAGUGAUACAAGACUGGACUUCUCGAGUACGACGCCGUCUGAUUCUGAGGAAGAAAUUGACGUUGUGACAGUAGAAAAGAAGUGUCCAUCUUCACACAAUGUACCUAGGACUAUCAUCAUUAAACGUCACUCAAAACAUUCGCGAAAACAUGGUGCCCAGAUGUUCAAAGUUGUGAAGCGUUCCUCAAACAAAUCCCUCCUCACCAAAGUUCCGAGCAUGAAGAAACUGAACAAGAUGAACCUCGCGAAACAUGUGAACAUGGAAGACGUGAAACAAGUAUUGGAGAACACCUUAACGAGUAACGGUCAGAGUUCAAAGUCUUCUAAGAGAUCCUACAACAGAGGGAGUAGUCGGGGGAGCAGCCGAGGAAGCAGCAGAAACGGCAGUCAGGCUUCGUCGGAUUCCGAGGACUGUGAUCGCCGAGCCAACCACAAUGUCUUGGAGAGGCGGAGACGAGAAGACCUUCGAACCAGCUUCUUCAUGCUUCGAGAUCAAGUGCCCGAGCUCCUUGCGCAAGACCGUGCAGCUAAGAUCGUGAUCCUCAAGAAAGCCACAGACUAUGUAAACCAUCUCCACGCUGAAGAAGAGGCACACCUACGGACAAAGUCUGCCCUCAAGAGGCGGCAACAUGCUCUGUUGCUUCGGUUGCGGCAAUUAGAAGAGGCCAAGUGACUAGGCGUGGCGGAGUUCCCUGCAACACAUGGACAUGACUAUCUUUAAAGACUCUAAAAAGAAGAGAGAACUUUACCUCUAGAAGCGUAUACUGGAUUUGGACCACUUUCCCCCAAAAGCACUGCCUUUAUUUUAUACCUUUUUAAAUCAGUUGAUAUGACUACCCCUUGCAUUAAGGGGGACGACUUUUUUUUUUUUUACAAAAUAAAAUGUUUUAUCUUUUGUGACAAAAUCUAUCUUCCACUUUUUGAUAACUUUUUGUAAGUUUGUACAAAAAUUAUAACUUGUUUGCAAAAAAAGUGAUUGCCUAGCCUAGCACCUGACUAAUCGUCUGUGUGAUGUGUAAGACAAUAUAACCCUUUGGAAUAGAUUAGAGUAACUGAAUGUAUUUAUAUGGUGGGGAUUUGUUAUCAAAUUAUACUGUGUAUUUUUUUUUCCUUGAACAAGUAGAAAUAUCCCUAUGUGACAAUGCAAAAUAAGUUCAGACCUGAAUUGGAAGUGUUCCACGCAUUGAAUGGUGGUUGAUCUGGAAGUUGUACCCAAGGUGUAUGAUAUAUAUAUAGGAAGCAUUAUGGAUGUUGUAUAUAGGAGCGGAUGUAUACAGAGAAAAGGCUUAUAAAAUGGACAUGGGUCGAGAAAGAACAGUGUUGACAGAGAGACAUCUAGAUUUACAAAGGUUUAAAAACAGAGAAAGAAAGAAUAUAAGACAGAUUGUAUAUUGUAUUUCUAACAGAAACUCUAUUUGACAAAAAGAGAGACAUUAUCUAUGACAGAAUGAAAAAAAAGAUUGGAGAGUUCUAUGAAGAAAGGCUAUGGAAAAAGAUUGUACAUAAGUGUUAAAAUGUAUAUUUACAUGAUAUAUAUUUAGUUAUAAGAAGACGAUGAAAAGUAGCAAAUGUUUUUGAACUUCACAAAUUAAGUAUUGGAACCACCACCAGCAUUUGACAAGCGGUGGUUAUAUAGUUCACAUUUCUGUGUUGUGUGCAACCCAUUUGCAAUGAUAGUUUCGGUAAGUAAUCCUACGUUUAACAGUUUCAAACUUUCAACCAAGACACAAGAGAAAACAACAAUAAAAAUCUUUUAUUUCAGAAAAGAAUACACAAAUUAAUCUGUAAAUCGGGGAAAUAAACCACUAUCCAACAAACUGAACUGUUAAAACAAGAUAUUUAAUACCAAACGUGUUGGAUUUUCCUUAUUUAUAAGAGCGUUUAUGAGUCGGAUUGUAUUCGUUAUUGUGUACAUUUAAUACAUGUACGUAGUUUUUACAAUGUUUACUAACAUUGCAGAUCCUGUUAUUGUGAUGUACAAUUUUUAAAGAAAAAUCUUAUCAUAAAAAGAUAAAAAUCAUUUGCAUUUUUGUUACCAUGAUGUGAGAAAGGUGUUCUUACUUUGUACUGAAGUUUCCAAAUGUUUGCUUAUUACAAAAAAAAAUAUUAAAAGAAAAAGAAUAUCAUAUGGAAAAUUU